AUGCAGAUUAUUGCUUCUGCGGGAAUGCCGGCUACGAUAUGCAUAGCAGCAAGCUGCCGGAAGCGAAUGCCAAAAAGAUUGCAAAUAUGGCUGGGGAAAUGCGGUGGAGGUUAUAGAAAUAGCGUUUAUCUGACUGGCUACAAGCCUUCAUCUGAAUAUAUCGGAUGCUUCAAGGAUUCCUCCCCGCGUGCUCUCGAGGUCCAUUUGGGCAACGGAUUCACGUUGGACGGUUGCAUCGAAGAUUGCUUCAACAAAGGCUUCAAGUAUGCCGGUCUUCAAUUCAAAAGCGAAUGUCGCUGUGGGCACACUGGUUAUGACAAAUAUGGCGGCGUUCGUCCCGAGAGUGAAUGUUCUAUGGAUUGCACGACGGGUUCUGGCAUUUGUGGCGGUCCAGGAAGAAACAGUGUGUACGCCACUGGGUUUGAGCCCAUUGCCGAAUACAAGGGCUGCUACAAAGAUCAGAGUGACAGAGCACUUUCCCAUAAAGUUGGACCCAACCAAUCCUUGGAUGAGUGCAAGACGAAGUGUCAAGACAAGGGUUAUUACUAUUUCGCCCUGCAAUCUGGAAACUAUUGCUUCUGCGGCGCCUUCGACGAUGACUUUGACAAAUACGGCAAGGUGAACGACAGCGAGUGGAGGAAGGGUGCAAAGGCGGCGGCAACACAGGUUGUGGUGGUGGUUGGAGAAAUGCGCUUUGGAAGACAGGGCUGA